AUGAAUAAUUUAUUACAACCAAGUACUGCAGGUUCUCAAGCGACUACAACCAACAACAACAAAUAUGGCAACACUCUCACCACACCAAUGAGUCCAGUAUUCACUCCCGAUGCAAGCGGCUCGGGAGGAUCAGCAGCUCUUACACAACUGCAACCGGGAUUGGCAGCAUCUUUGAAUCCAGAGUCUUGUGAUUCCAUGCUUUUUUUUGCAACGCAGGCUUUGGAUAGACAGAACAAAUUACUGCAGUUUGUGGAUACCUUCAAAUUUAAUAUCACCGAGUAUGUCAAGAGUUUGCAAAGUUCCAAAAAAGCACUCGAUCCCAUCGAUGAAGGAAUGGCCUCUCUGGAUGUUCGGGAUCAUCGAGAACUACAAAGUUUCUUAUCGUUGAUACAUCAUGCCUCUGUUCAAACCUCACAUCAAAAUGUUGUGAUGCAGGAGAGAAUGGAACGAUUGAAAUCAAAAGAUUUAGACACCUUUGAAAAGACAUGGAAACUCAUUCGAGACUUCACUCAACAAUAUGUCAAAUCAACCAAAAAAUCCUUAAAAAAAAGAAAAAAACAACCACCGUCAAAGAAUGAUCAAGUGAGAGAUAUUAAGGAAAAUCGAGGAUUGAAAAAGAAGAUUUAUGAAGGAAUGGAUGAAAUGAGAAGCAUUAUGGAGGAGUAUGUCCAUACACAACUCUUUUAUCACAGCAAGUGUUUAGAAAUGUGGGCCUUCGUUUGGGAAGAAGCCAACAGAAAUCGAAAGGAUGAAAUUGCUCGAAGGAAGGAAGAAGAAGAGGAGGAAGACGAACGACUGUCACAACUUUUGAAGGAAACAUCUUCUGUCCUACAACAAUAA